GUAUUGAUUGUAUAUCUUCAGCCAUAGGUGUGUUCUGCAUGUUCUGCUAUUUCAUGUAUGAGGAAGCUAGACGGCCUUACAAACAAGACCCUUACAUGGAAAGUCCCUUUGAUAUGACUUGUUGGUUAUUUAUGUGUCUUUGGCUAUUUGAUGUGACAUGGAACUGUGAGAACAGGAAGCUUGUAAAAAAAUAAAGAGCAGUCGCGGUGACAGACCCCAGAAAAGAGGAAGCUUGUAUCACCAGAGGAAAUAAGCUCUGGGCAGUGCUGUGUCUCUUAUUGACCAGCUAUUUGUUUCUGAGAGGCAGGCAAGGCACACGGCUUCUCCGUCAUUGCCGCUGUGUAGUUCCACUUUCCAGCAUGAGUUUGGUUUUUGAAAUCUGGAUUUUACUCUGAUGGCGACAUCUAUAAGAAGAUCCAAGUCUUUAGCUGUGUCCGUUGAAAGAAGAGCCAUGUGUCGGGUGGAAGCAAGAGAUAUGGCUUCUGGAGAACCCAAAUGGCCAGUUCCAAUGAGGGCAAUUGGUGCCCAGAACCUACUGACAUUGCCUGGGGGAGUCACAAUUGCAGGAUACUUGCACAAAAGAGGAGGGAAACAGCUGCAGCUCUUUAAAUGGCCCUUAAGAUAUGUUAUUAUUCACAAAGGCUGUGUGUACUACUUCAAAUGCAGCACCUCCUCAUCCUCACAAGGAGCCUUCUCACUAAAUGGCUACAACAGGGUAAUGAGGGCAGCAGAAGAGACCACAUCAAAUAAUGUUUUCCCCUUCAAGAUGGUGCACAUUAGCAAAAAACAUCGAACGUGGUAUUUCUCAGCAGCAUCUGAAGAGGAGCGGAAGAAAUGGAUGCUAGCCUUGAGGACGGAGAUAGAUCAUUAUCAUGAGAAAAAAGAAACAACUACCGACCUAAGUGAAAGUGGCUCGGACUCGGGUAGCUUUUAUGGAUCUGUGGAACGCGCUGUCGCUAUUAAAUACGAACACAAUCCGGCAGAAGAUAGCUGGCAGGAUGAAGAUGAUGAUGAGGAGGACUAUGAAAGGCCAGAUUCUGUAGAUGAUGGUGCACCAAGCUAUCCACCACCACCAGUUCCAGUUCAAGCAAAGGCUGAAGAUCCCCACAUAAGACGAUCAAUAUCCAGUAUUGCAAUGUCAAAACCACUUCCUAGUCUACCGAAAAUGGAGAUAUCUGACUUACAUCUGCCACGCCCAAGGAGGGAGUCUGUUGGUCAGAACAAAAUUGACAUAGAUAUGAAGCCUCCUCCACCCAUCCCUUCUUUUCCACCAGCUCAUAAACCUCCUCCUCCUCCACCAAUAACAAGCAGUGCAACUGACAGGGGUUAUAUACCGCCACAACGGCCCAGAAAGCCUUCCUCAGGCUUGCCCAUUUCCCCAAACUCAACAUUUCAACCUCCGUCUUCCAGGUCGGAUCCUCCACCUCCCAGGUCGGAUCCUCCACCUCCCAGGUCGGAUCCUCCGUCUGCCAGGUUGGAUCCUCCACCUCCCAGGUUGGAUCCUCCGUCUGCCAGGUUGGAUCCUCCACCUCCCAGGUUGGAUCCUCUACCUCCCAGGUUGGAUCCAUCUGUUACUAGCUCCAGAAAAGAACCUCCAAACUGUAUAACUACAGAUGAAAUGCAGAAUAUUUCUCAAAAUUCUAUAAUGGGAAAUAACCUGCUAAAGCAAGAACUGAGCAACAUAUUUAAAAAGCCUCCUCCACUGGUACCAUCAAAGCCUGCUGUACCUGCUAUUGAAAAACUACCAAAUAAGCCUGGCCAUCCAGCACCUCCUGUACCACCAGUAAAACCUUCAUACCUGAAGGUAGAAGACAACACUCCUCCAAUUGUUCCAAGAAACAAACCAAGAGUAACAAUUAAUGAUGACAAAUCCCCUGAGCGCUCAAGCUCUCAGAUGAAAAGUGGACCUGCUAAACCACCUCCCGUGGUACCUAGGGUACGCCCACCAAGGGCAGAUCAUGGAUUCUCACAAAUGAUGAGGUCACCACCUGAUGGUCAGAGCUUUAUAGAUAAAACAGUGGAAUCUCCAGUUCGACCGUCAAGGUUAAAAGAUCUGCAUGAGGAAAGUGACAGUGAUGAUGAGUAUGAAAAGGUAUCCUUGCCUCCUUCAGUCUUUGUGGAUACAUGUGAAUCUACAGAUGUCGAAAGGAUGUUCAAAGCUAUGGAUAUCACAGGAAACCCCCUGAAUGGACUCUUCUGCAUAAGAAAUUCUGCAAAGGCCGGAAAGGUUAUAGUGGUAUGGGAUAAUCAUGAUGCAAAGAUAAGAAACUACCGAAUAUUUGAACAGGACACAAAAGUUUACCUGGAGGUAGAAAUACGGUUUUCAGAUAUUGCAGAUUUGGUUGAACACUACUAUAAGAGCCCAUUACCUGGCCACAAUACUCUAGUUCUAAAACAUGCCUAUGGGUGUAUGAUUAACCCCAGGUGAAAAGACCACCAUAAUAGAAUCAUUAUUCAAACUAUAGUCCUCAGACUGUGUGUUGGGAUUUGCCAAGACUAUACAAGUGGAAAACCGCAUCACAGGGGUAGUGCCCUUCUGCCCAUCUCUAACAAAGACUUAACAUAAACGUUUUUUAGUCUACAAAAUAUGAUGACUGGAGGACCAGAUUACGAGCGACAAUCAAUGAGGAAAAACAAUCUUGGUCAUUUGCACAUUUCCUCUGCAAUGGAAAUUCAAAACACAGACCAGUAGAGUGCAAAGAAGGAAGGAUGUGGAAAAAAGAUUGACAAGAAGGAAGCUGGGCAGGAACAUUCCUCAACUUUAAUCCUUUUCAGAGAUUAUCUCCGCAUAAGGCCCAGGCCUGAAAUGUAUGGUGGGUAAAUAACCCAGAGCCACUGUGAAGUCUAAUGUACCAUUUGCUUAUAGUUGGAAAAUUUGAAGACCUUUGUUGACGACAAGAAACAUAUCAAUUGACACCUGAUGCAGGAACUCGUUUUGUGGACUGAUUGCUGGUUGUAGGUGUCUACGGUCCUAACUAAUGGGUGUCUUGUAUCCUGUGACCAACCAUGCAUGAACUGUGGGCCUCUCUCCUCCUGAUUAUUUCUACAUUGAAGCAUCACAAGAAGAUCUCUAAGCCAACCAAUGUCAUCUGUUGCUGUCUUUGCACCGCAUACACUACCUUGUUAGUACCCAGAGCUGGAGAACCGUAUGGGUGGUACCCAGAGCAUGUGAUUAGUAUGAAUAGAUUUAUGGGGCUACAUGUAAAAAAAGGCAUAGUUUGGCAUGAUCAAAGGGCACAUUUGCUCAGAAUACUGCACAUCUUUAGUCAGUUCCAUAUAGGUUUGCCACCUCAUCACUUUAAACCCAAACACAUAUUAAUUGAACAGGUUCUGUGGCUGAUUAAAGUGGAUGUAAACCCAAUUCAUGAAA